GCGGCGGCGGAGGCGGAUGCGGCGGCGAAGGACGUGGUAGAGGAAUUGGAGUAGGAGUAGGAGGAGGUGGAGGAGGAGGAGGAGGAGGAGGAGGAGGAGGAGGAGGCAGUGCUUUCCGUGCAGGGCGCCCGUGAUGUGUGGCGUGUGCGGGCGUGUGUGUUCUAACAAGUACACGCUACGCACACACAUUGAAGAUCGGCACACGGGCACACCACAGCUAGUCACCUGCCCGCACUGUGGCAAGGAAUACUCCUCAAAGAACUCCCUCUUCUCCCACAUCUCCCGCUACCACAGGGACAGAGAGCCCGGCCACGUCCCCCUGCCCUCAGUACACCUCCUGGACAACCCUCAGGGGCCUAGCCAGGGGUACACGUCGCCGGCAGCCCCUGUGUCCAGGGUCCCGCCGCCGCCUUCUCUCUCAGAUCACAAGCUGUUUUGGAGUUCAUCGUUUUCUUCCGAGCCUUCCUCCUCGUCCUCGUCUGCUGGUGUCCCCUCGUGUCCUCUUCCUCGUCUUCCUCCGCCCUAGUGUGUGUGUGUGUGUGUGUGUGUGUGUGUGUUUAGAUGAUUAUAUAUUUUCUAGUGUU